GCGCGACUGAAAAUUGGCAACAAAAACCCUCGAUUUUAAAAAGCAUCUCCCCCACCCCCACCCCUUCCACUCCACCCGAACCUGCAAGGGCGGGAGGUGGACAACCCGCAUUUCUUCACCCCACCCCCACCCCGGUUUCUUGAUCGAACAUGGCCGGCGAGCCCCAGAAGAAGCAGGACUUGUCGGCCUUGGUGGGGCACACCAAUGGACUCACCAAGCCCGCCUCCCUGGCAGCUGCCGCCGGAGUGCGAAGCGGUGUGGCCGGCUCGGGGUCUGCUGGUGGUGGUGGAGGGGCCGCUUCCAAGAAAUUACUGAUCAAGAACUUCAGAGAGAGACCCACGUUGCCUGAUAACUACAUGCAAGAAACUUGGCAGAAACUUCAUGAAGCAGUCAGAGCAAUUCAAAGUAGCACAUCAAUUAAAUACAACCUUGAAGAGCUCUAUCAAGCCGUUGAAAAUGUCUGUUCCUAUAAAGCAUCACCUGUACUGUACAAGCAGCUGCAACAAGUCUGUGAAGAUCAUGUGAAAGCACAAAUACUGCAGUUUAGGGGAGAUUCUCUUGACAGUCUUCUGUUUUUAAAGAAAAUAAACAAAUGCUGGCAAGAUCACUGCAGACAAAUGAUCAUGAUUAGAAGUAUAUUUUUGUUCUUGGACCGUACCUAUGUACUUCAGAAUUCAAUGCUACCUUCUAUAUGGGAUAUGGGGCUAGAACUUUUUAGAAACCAUGUUAUUAGUGAUAAACUAGUACAAACUAAAACUAUUGAUGGAAUCCUACUGUUGAUUGAACGAGAACGAAAUGGUGAAGCUGUGGAUAGAAGUCUGUUACGAAGUCUGUUAAGCAUGCUGUCUGAUCUACAAGUUUACAAAGACUCAUUUGAGCAAAGAUUUUUGGAAGAUACAAACUGCUUAUAUACUGCAGAAGGCCAAAGGUUAAUGCAAGAAAGAGAGGUUCCAGAAUAUCUUCACCACGUUAACAAACGUUUAGAAGAAGAAGCAGAUAGAGUAGUAACAUAUCUAGACCAUAGCACACAGAAGCCACUCAUUGCUUGUGUGGAGAAGCAGCUGUUAGGACAACACAUAACGGCUAUUUUGCAAAAAGGACUUGAUAAUCUACUUGAUGAAAACAGAAUAGCAGAUCUCACCCAAAUGUGCCAGCUUUUAAGCCGUGUAAAAAUGGGGCACGAGAUCCUUCUUCAGCACUGGAGUGAAUACAUCAAGAACUUUGGGACAACAAUAGUGGUAAAUCCUGAAAAGGACAAGGAUAUGGUGCAAGAGCUGCUAGAUUUUAAGGACAAAGUGGAUCAUAUCAUAGAAGUGUGUUUUCAGAAAAAUGAGAAAUUUAUAAACUUGACGAAGGAAUCAUUUGAAACAUUUAUCAACAAGAGACCAAAUAAACCAGCAGAACUGAUAGCAAAGCAUGUGGAUUCAAAGCUAAGAGCCGGCAACAAAGAGGCAACAGAUGAAGAACUGGAAAGAAUCCUUGACAAAAUUAUGAUCAUAUUCAGAUUUAUCCAUGGUAAAGAUGUCUUUGAAGCAUUUUAUAAAAAAGAUUUGGCCAAAAGACUUCUGGUUGGGAAAAGUGCUUCAGUAGAUGCAGAGAAAUCUAUGUUGUCUAAACUUAAGCAUGAAUGUGGUGGUGCUUUCACCAGUAAACUGGAAGGAAUGUUCAAGGAUAUGGAACUUUCCAAAGAUGUUAUGGUUCAGUUUAAACAGUAUAUGCAGAAUCAAAGUGACUCAGGCAAUAUAGAUUUAACAGUAAAUAUACUUACAAUGGGAUAUUGGCCAACUUAUACACCUAUGGAUGUCCUUUUGCCUCCAGAGAUGGUUAAACUUCAAGAAAUAUUUAAGGCUUUUUAUCUUGGAAAACACAGUGGCCGAAAACUUCAGUGGCAGACUAGUUUAGGACAUGCUGUCCUGAAAGCAAAGUUUAAAGAGGGAAAAAAGGAAUUUCAGGUGUCACUCUUCCAAACAUUAGUGCUUCUAAUGUUCAAUGAUGGAGAUGAAUUCAGUUUUGAAGAGAUUAAAAUGGCCACUGGUAUAGAGGACAGUGAAUUGAAAAGAACUUUACAGUCUCUGGCCUGUGGCAAAGCAAGAGUACUGAAUAAAAAUCCAAGAGGCAAGGAUGUGGAAGAUGGAGACAAAUUCACCUUCAAUGAUGAUUUCAAACAUAAGUUGUUUAGAAUAAAGAUCAAUCAAAUCCAGAUGAAAGAAACGGUAGAAGAACAAGUCAGCACAACUGAAAGAGUGUUUCAAGAUAGACAGUACCAGAUUGAUGCUGCUAUAGUACGAAUAAUGAAGAUGAGGAAAACACUUGGUCACAAUCUUCUUGUUUCAGAAUUGUAUAAUCAACUGAAAUUUCCAGUAAAGCCUGGAGACUUGAAAAAGCGAAUCGAAUCUCUCAUAGAUAGAGACUAUAUGGAGAGAGACAAAGAAAAUCCAAAUCAGUACCAUUACAUUGCAUGAUAAGAGAGAAACUAUUUUUGUAAAACAAAAGGGCAUUUGCUUCCCAAGAAUGAUACCUGUGCUGGUUCCAAACCUACUUUAUAUUGCAUUAGAGAAAGAUGUUAACUAAUCCAGUCAGCUGCAUGCACUGCUGAUACUUGAAACAUCCAUUGUCAUAUUCAGUUAUUUUUAGACUUGCUUCUUGAUUUCUUGGGGAUUUAUGUUUAAAACCAAUUUUGAAGUUGGAAUUAAUGGUAGCAAUUCCCUGUGUGAUGAAAUUAUUGGGCCCAAAGGAAUUUGGGUAGUGAUAUGUUUGACUGCACAUCAUAAAGAUUCUUUAUGCUGCAUUCUUUAGCUUCAGGAAUGUUUGAAUUACUUUUAAAAACUCUGUUGAACAAUCAGUGGUCUGAUUGUAAAAAAAAAUUCUUUGUUGGAGAAAACCCAGUGAGUACACUGACUUUUUAACUAUGCACUAUGGAUUCUAGUAAUUCUAUUUGAUUUUUUAUUUCAGUCUUUCGAAACGUUAUCCUAGUUAAAUAGAUUAAGUGCCAAGAGGAUAACUGCAUAUAAAAUUUCUAAUCAGCUCAAGAUAUUCAUUGGUGAAAUAUUUUUUGUUCCUGGCCACAUGAGACUGGUUCUAUUAAGCACUUUCUUAUUCCAGGAUAAUUGUUUUAUAGGUUUUCAUGUAAAACCUACAGGAUAACUUAAAAGUUAAAGUAAAAGUUGUACACAGGAUGAUUACUGUACAGUAGCCUGGUCUUAGAACAUUGAAGUAUUUUUUAAAGGUGUUUAUAGUCUUGUGAAAACCUAGGAACAAUCUAGACCUUCAGAGCCAUUUUUUGAUAGAACUGUGUUGGGUGAAGAUUCUUGUCACAGUGGCUAUCCUCCUACACGCUCAGAACUCUGCAUGUAGGAAAGGAAAGGGUUGUUCCUAUAGCUGUUUUCGUCACAGUAUUUGAAAGUAGCAUGUUUCGUAUGGUUUAUAUGGAAGCUGAAUUGAGCUCGAGAAUGAAAGAUAUGUAAACUGAUCAUCCUAACUGAUGGUUUUACAGAAUAUGCAUAGUGAUUUAUGUUUAAAAACAACCAAAGGGGUUUUGACCUUUGUCAUUAAUAUUAGCAAUAUAUUUUUGAAUAUGCCUUGCAUAAAAUUGACUCAAUUUAUUAUAAAAAUGAACCCAUGUACUAUUUUGACUUGUGCAAAUUAAAAUCCUUUUGUCAUCUGCA